AUGCCGGCCCUGAGGCCGCUCCUGCCGCUGUUGCUCCUGGCUGGGCUGACUGUGGGGGCCAGCCUGCCGCCGGGGCCUGGGGGCCACCCGGGGGUGUGCCCCAACCAGCUCAGCCCCAACCUGUGGGUGGACGCGCAGAGCACCUGUGAGCGAGAGUGCGUCGGAGAUCAGGACUGCGCGGCCACUGAGAAGUGCUGCACCAACGUGUGUGGGCUGCAGAGCUGCGUGGCUGCCCGCUUCCCGGACGGCGGCCCGGACGCACCCAGGCUGGCGGCCUCGUGCGAGGGCUUCGUGUGCGCACAGCAGGGCUCCGACUGCGACAUCUGGGAUGGGCAGCCGGUGUGCCGCUGCCGGGACCGCUGCGAGAAGGAGCCCAGCUUCACCUGCGCCUCGGAUGGCCUCACCUACUACAACCGCUGCUACAUGGACGCCGAGGCCUGCCUGCGCGGCCUGCGCCUGCGCGUCGUGCCCUGCAAGCACGUCCUCAGCUGGCCACCCAGCAGCCCCAGGCCCCCCGAGACCACCGCCCGCCCCACGCCCGGGGAUGCCCCAGUGCCGCCCGCCCUCUACAGCAGCCCCUCCCCGCAGGCAGUAUAUGUGGGGGGCACAGCCAGCCUCCACUGCGACGUCAGCGGCCGCCCGCCCCCCGCUGUGACCUGGGAGAAGCAGAGUGACCAGCGGGAGAACCUGAUCAUGCGGCCAGACCAGAUGUACGGAAAUGUGGUGGUCACCAGCAUUGGGCAGCUGGUGCUUUACAACGCCCGUCCCGAGGACGCUGGCCUCUACACGUGCACGGCGCGCAACGCCGCCGGCCUGCUGCGGGCCGACUUCCCGCUGUCUGUGAUCCAGCGGGAUCCAGCCAGGGCUGGGGCCCACGAGGCCGCCACCUCCCCGGCCCAGUGCCUGCCCAGCACGCAGGCUUGUGUUGGCCCCCCAUCUGGCCGGGUCCUCUGGCACUUUGACCCGCAGCGGCGCGGCUGCAUGACCUUCCAAGUGGGCAGCUGUGCUGGGGGUGCCCAGGGCUUUGAGACCUAUGAGGCGUGCCAGCAGGCGUGCGCCCGUGACCCCGGGGACGCCUGCGCACUGCCGGCCGUGCAGGGCCCCUGCCAGGGCUGGGAGCCACGCUGGGCCUACAGCCCGCUGCUGCAGCACUGCCACCCCUUCGAGUACAGCGGCUGCGAGGGCAACGGCAACAACUUUGAGAGCCGCGAGAGCUGCGAGCACGCCUGCCCGGUGCCGCGCACGCCGCCCUGCCGGGCCUGCCGGCUCCGCAGCAAGCUGGCGCUCAGCCUGUGCCGCAGCGACUUCGCCAUCGUGGGGCGGCUCACCGAGGUGCUGGAGGAGCCCGAGGCGGGUGGCGGCGGCAUCGCACGCGUGGCGCUGGAUGAGGUGCUCAAGGACGACAAGAUGGGCCUCCGGCUCCUGGGCACCAAGUACCUGGAGGUGACGCUGGUCGGUGUGGACCGAGCCUGCCCCUGCCCCAACGUGACGGCAGGCGAUGGCCCACUGGUCAUCAUGGGCGAGGUGCGUGACGGCGUGGCCAUGCUGGACGCGGGCAGCUAUGUGCGCACUGCCAGUGAGAAGCGCGUCAAGAAGAUCGCUGAGCUGCUAGAGAGGAAGGCCUGCGAGCUGCUCAACCGCUUCCAGGACUAG